UGUGUGUUUGUCGGGGUGGGGGUUCGAACUUUGUCCUCAGCUAUUUUAACUGUACGAGUUUAUUGCGGCAUAAAGAGCCUCCUCUGACUUUGCACUUGAGCAGUGCUGCUGUUUGAGGCUGUCAAUCUUAGAAUAAAUCAAACUAAAGGAUUUCAUACUCUAUUUAUUCUUUUUUUUAUUUUUUUAUUAAAUAUCCAGGAUCUGGGAAGGUUUUUCUUCAUAAAAGUCAAUCAUGAUCAGCCGCAACUUUAAAAACGUGUUGGUGGUCUCCAUCGGGUUCCUGUCUCUGUUCACGGCUUAUGGAGGCCUGCAGAGUUUACAGAGCAGCCUGAAUGCAGAGCAGGGGAUGGGAGUCGCAUCCCUAAGCGUCAUCUACGCCUCCAUCAUCAUCUCCUCCAUGUUUCUGCCCCCCAUCAUGAUCAAAAAUCUGGGCUGUAAAUGGACCAUUGUUGCUGGCAUGGCCUGUUAUGUGUCGUACUCGUUUGGAAACCUCUACCCUGGAUGGUACACCCUCAUCCCGACGUCGGUCAUCCUGGGUUUGGGUGGCUCUCCCCUGUGGUCGGCUAAGUGCACCUACCUGACCAUCUCUGGGAACGUCCAGGCCUCCAAGGAGAACAAGAAGGGCUCCGACGUCAUCAACCACUACUUUGGGAUCUUCUUCUUCAUCUUCCAGUCGUCCGCCGUUUGGGGAAACCUGAUGUCGUCGCUCAUCUUUGGCCAGGACACCAACAUUGCCGAAAUCCCAGAGGAGAUCCUUCAAACCUGUGGAGCAUUUGACUGUGGACUCAACGUCAGUGCAGGCAACAGCACCACCAACAAACCUGCACAGAAACUCGUAUGGACGCUCGUUGGUUGCUACAUUGGUGUCGGUGUUCUGGCCAUGCUGAUCGUGGGGAUAUUUCUGGACAACAUCGACCAGGAGCAGACCAGCCAGUUUCGUGAGAACCGGGAACCGUUCUGGCACACGUUCCUGGCCACUUUCAGGCUGCUGAAGGACUGGAGGCUCCUGACGCUCAUCCCGCUCACCAUGUACAGCGGCUUUGAGCAAAGCUUCCUCUCUGGGGAGUACACCAAGAACUACGUGACGUGUGCUUUGGGGAUCCACUUCGUCGGGUUUGUAAUGAUGUGCUUCGGGGCGUCCAACUCGCUCUGCUCCUUCCUGUUUGGGAGAAUCGCUCGCUACACCGGCAGAGCCACGCUCUUCUUCUUCGCCGCUGCGGCCAACUUUUCCUGCAUCAUCGCUCUCCUGUUCUGGAGGCCCCAUCCUGACCAGCUGCCCGUGUUUUUUGUGUUUCCGGCUCUGUGGGGAAUGGCAGACGCUAUCUGGCAAACUCAGACUAACGCUCUUUAUGGGGUCCUCUUCCCGAGGGAUAAGGAGGCAGCCUUCGCCAACUACCGCAUGUGGGAAUCUCUGGGAUUCGUCAUUGCCUUCGCCUACAGCACGUUUCUGUGCCUGGAGUACAAACUGUACAUCCUGCUGGCUGUCCUGGUGCUUACCAUGAUAACCUACCCCAUAGUGGAGUUCUACGAGCACAAACAUCCCACCAAGCCCAUUGAACAGGCCGCUUACGAGAGCCACAAGAAAACAAAGGAGGCAAACAUCAUCACUCAGACUUGGCUGUAGACACAUGCUGCCGUUUGUCUGCGUUUCCUUCACCGACUCGUUAAUCCUGCACUGAAAAACUGAAUUAGACU